AUGAAUUAAACUAAUUAUGAUAUAUUAUCAUACUUAAACCAAAGAGAUCCGGCCAUCAGAAAUCAGCUCAUUCCUAUUAGAGUGGAUUAUGAUGAAUAUCAAGAGCAAAUCAUCAGAUAUUUCAGAAGCAUAUUUGAAUAGACAGCAAAUCUCACUUCAGAUUAGCAAUUGGAGAUUGAAAUUAAGCUGGGCACUUUUCUAGCGAAAGAAGCAUCCGGUUAAUGCAUGAUUGAUUCCUUCAAAUUUGCAUCCAAAUGCCAUCAUUUAUUGAUAACACAAUAAGCGCAAUAUUACACAUUUCAACCCAAUUUCGUACUUUAUCCUUGGACGAAAUUUGAUGUAAAUUCUUUGUCAUCGAGCUUUAUAAACCUCACUUAAUACUUUAGAAAUUUAGAAAAAAAUGAUGAGAUCUCUAAAAGAAUUUAUAGUAUGUAUAUUGAUCCAGAGAAAUGUCUUCCCUCAUUGAAAUAGUAAUAUGGUUUACGAUUGGAUUUGCUUUUGUAAAAUGGUCAAAGGGUUUCUGUGUAUUAGAAUGGCAAGAAGGCUAUAAUUCAGAAAAAAAGACUCGAAAAUUUAGACAUAAUGAAAGAUCACAUUCAAUAUAGACUGUCUUCAAAUAUUGAAAAUAAUUUCAAUGUGCCAUAAGAGUUUGAUGACUUUAUUGACAGAAACAAAUUUAGAUCUAUCAGAUUUAAAUAAUAUUAAAUAAUCCAAUAUCAAUUUCUAGAGAUAAGUCUUAGUAGAGUCUUGACUGUAGAUAUUUAGAAUUUUUCUCAACUCAAGAGUUAAUUUAAGGUUGGUGGCCAAAUACAAUGGAAUAAACUAUUGCACAAUCUUCUAUUUACACUUUACGAUGUGAAUCCAGAACUUAAAUACCCUACGAUGAAGGACAACAUAAUAAAUAAUGUGAGGAGAUGCGAGAUCGAGUUUGAGAUUCAUGAUACGAAUUUCUUCAAACAAAACUUAUCUGCUUUUGCUAGAAUGUAAAGAAACGUGGAUUCCUUUUUCUAUUGCGAUACUCUCUCACACGACAUUCUAUAUAAUCAAAUAUCAAAAAUACAUCCAGAAGCGGAUAGAAAAAAACACUGCGCACCAGUAAUUGGAAACUAUCUUCAGACAGUUUAUAGAGUUGCCAACAAAUAUGUGUGAUAUUAUACAAUUAUAAAAUAAUGAUUCAAAGAAA